AUGGCAUCGCUGUGGACGCCGACCGAGCUUGAAUCUCACUACCAGAAUGACUGGAGAAGUAGCAAAGCCUUCAUUGUACCUAGAAACUAUUGGGAUAAAAGUUCUGCAUCUCUGAAGAAAAAAGCCUUCAGAGCUCCUAAAGCUCUUAGCACUAGGAGGAAGCUUUCCAUGGAGAGCAGUAAACCUCCCGCAGUGAUCAACCAGUUCUUGCGGCACUACAGGAAGUAUAUUUUUGGGGAGUUCAGCCCUGAUGAAUUUAAUCAGUUCUUUGUGACUCCACGAUGCUCUGUUGAGCUCCCCCCAUACAAUGAAACAGUUUCAUGUGGUAUUAAGUCCACAGGGGAAGAGUAUCAGAGAAUUGAAUUUGGUGUUAAUGAAGUUAUUGAGACACAGUCAUCUGUAUUAAAUAACACCGACUACAGUAUUUCAAGUACUCUGAAUCCUCAGGCUCCAGAAUUCAUUCUCAGUUGUGCACCUACUCAGAAAGCCCCUGAUGAUAGCCUCAGUGAAACAAACUACAACUCCAUUGACUGCCAGUUCACUGAUCCAACCCUCGCUUUGGACAGCGGUUCUAAUGCUGAAAAUGAUGGCUUGUCUGGAGGCCUUGGACAAAGGGAGCGUAAAAAGAAGAAAAAAAGACCUCCUGGAUACUACAGUUACUUAGAAGAUGUCAGCGACGGCAUUGCUCCCCCAGAAGCUCUUGUAAAUGGCCAUGCAAAUUCAUCGGGACUAAACAGUAUAAGCACGGAGGAUACGGAACUGACGGGAGACAUACCCUCCCUGGCCACACCAAGGACUUGCAACAGCCCGGACAAUUCUGUGGACUUCAUUAACGAAGCUGUCUCUGAUGAUUCUGUUUCUAGCGCACUAGACAAUACCAGGACUGCAGGGCAGCCUGAGGUAUGCCGUGUUACUAAUUCUGAACAGUUUUGCAUCCCCUCAGAGACUGGCAGAGAUAGCCCUUUAAGGACAGCUGUUGUACAGUCUUAUGCUGGUACUGAUACUACUGAAAAUCUUGGCGUUACUAAUGGACAAACACUUGAAUCCUCUGGUGAGGACACAGCUGCCAAUGGGGUAGAAUUGCACACUGUGGAAAGCACUGACUCAGACCAAGCUAAGCCUGAGGAAGCUUCACCUACUACUGAGGCAACAGUCCCGGUUGCAGGAUCAGUCCCUGUUAAUCAGCCUGCAAAAUCGUGGGCUAGUCUUUUUCACAAUUCCAAGCCCUCUGCUUCCACAUCUGUGGUCUAUGUUGAGACUAAGUAUACCCCUCCUGCCACAUCUCCUCUGGUCCCUGAAAAACAGGUUGAAGUCAAAGAGGGACCUGUUCCAGUUUCAGAGGAUCCUGUAGCCAUAAAGAUUGCAGAAAUACUGGAAAAUGUAAGACUAAUACAUAAACCAGUGUCUUUGCAACCGCGAGGGCUGAUCAACAAAGGAAACUGGUGCUACAUCAAUGCUACCCUGCAAGCCUUGGUUGCUUGCCCUCCAAUGUAUCAUUUAAUGAAGUCCAUUCCAAUGUAUUCAAAAUCACAGCGGCCGUGUACCUCAACACCAAUGAUAGACAGUUUUGUUCGUUUAAUGAAUGAGUUCACUAAUAUGCCUGUACCUCCUAAAGCAAAACAAGCUUUAGGUGAUAAAAUUGUGAGAGACAUCCGACCAGGAGCUGCCUUUGAACCUACAUACAUUUAUAGACUUUUGACAGUUAUAAAGUCAAGUCUGUCAGAAAAGGGCAGGCAAGAAGAUGCUGAAGAAUACUUGGGAUUUAUCCUCAAUGGAUUACAUGAAGAAAUGCUGACCCUAAAGAAACUUCUCUCUCCACAUAAUGAAAAACUCUCAGUGUCCAAUGGCCCUGAGGCUCAGACUGUUCAUGAAGAAGAGGAGCAAGAUGAACAAGGGGAAGGCAGUGAGGAUGAAUGGGAGCAAGUGGGACCUCGCAACAAAUCAUCGGUCACUCGCCAGGCUGACUUUGUUCAGACUCCCAUUACUGAUAUUUUUGGUGGUCAUAUAAGGUCUGUUGUUUACCAGCAGAGUUCUAAGGAGUCUGCUACACUGCAACCUUUCUUCACCCUGCAGCUGGAUAUCCAGUCAGACAAGAUACGCACAGUUCAGGAUGCGUUGGAAAGUUUGGUGGCAAGAGAGUCUGUCCAGGGUUAUACCACAAAAACCAAGCAAGAGGUGGAGAUCAGUCGAAGAGUGACACUAGAAGAACUCCCCCCUGUUCUUGUUUUACACCUCAAGCGGUUUGUAUAUGAGAAGACUGGUGGAUGCCAGAAGCUUAUUAAGAAUAUUGAGUAUCCUGUUGAUCUGGAAAUUAGUAAAGAGCUACUAUCUCCUGGUGUGAAAAGUAAAAUUUUUAAAGGCCAAAGAACCUACCGGCUCUUUGCAGUUGUCUAUCAUCAUGGAAACAGCGCAACUGGUGGCCAUUACACUACGGACGUCUUCCAAAUUGGUCUAAAUGGCUGGUUACGCAUCGAUGACCAGGCAGUCAAAGUGAUCAACCAGUACCAGGUGGUGAAGCCGUCUGCAGAACGCACAGCCUACCUCCUGUACUACCGCCGAGUUGACCUGCUGUGAAACUUUCCCCUUUUACGCUGUGUGUGCAAGAUACCUGCUUUGUAGAACGCCAACUAUCACUAACUUUUUUUUCUUCUGUAAAUGCUCUUUUGAGUGAAUCUUUUUUCUUUUUUUUUCUUUUUUUCUUUUUUUUUUCCCUUGCAACUAUGGGAUAGAGUGAUAAAGGAAACUACCUUGGGUUUGUGCACAACAUAGUUUGUGUUGGCUUUUGACUUUGCAGAAUGAAGUCACUUGGUUGAAAGACUCAGUCUCACGAAUCACAAAAA